UUCUUUUUUAUAUAAUUUUUAUUAUUAUUAUCUGCGUGCGGUAACCUUCUAAAUCUUAUCGCUUUAUAUUCUGGCCCGCCCUGGUGGUGCUUUCACGUCUGCCCUGGCGGCUUUUACUACCCUUUCAUCUAAGUUCCGGUUGCGAUAAUCUUUACAUUUACUAAUACUGGCUCGAUAAUCAUGUCUGAACGAUCCUGCCCGGUGUCCGGCUCCGUGGGCGGGAGAUGCCCCGUUGGCCACGCAGGCUCGACAAGGAGCAGGAGUAAUAGUCGGAUGGGCCCGCGAGGUUGUGCGUUUUCGGGGUAUGGCCAACCAGGUGAUAUUCAUGCUGCAUUCGACAUCCCGCGUGGCGUUGAUGCUGAGGAAUGGCUUCGGAUGAGGGAGCGCAAGUCAAUAAACCAGUUGCUAUAUACAAAUAUCCCAUCUGUGAAGGAGAUCGACCAAGCUAAAACUCAGGCCGAGAUCGAUGCAUUUAAUGUUCACGAGCAGGACCUGCUAGCUGUCGCCUUGGGGGCGCCAGCCAGACAGGUCAUGUUGAGAGCAGAAGAAAUAGGUCCCAAAACUGGUUGGAUCGAUGGGUAUCUUAGCGCAGAUCACGGAUUCUGCCCCGUGGACUACGAGGAGGCUAUCGGUGCUCUGUCGAGAACCCAAGGGCGGAUAUGGGCAGAUCUCUGCGAGCGCAUGCCCGGGUGCGUGGCCAGAGGGCGUGUCCAGGAGUCCGUCGCCGCGUUGCCGCUCGUAGAGGGCACCAAGGAGAUAAUCCCAGAUCAGGCCCUAUGGGCUGCGGUCGUGGCCUUAGGGAUGCUGUGCUCGAUCUAUCGGUUCGAAGCCAAAAAUGACGGCAGCGACGGUAUCACUUCUGCCCAGACCAAGAAGAAGCAUCCCAAUGUCCCGAUGGGAGAUGAUCUAGGAGAAGAGCUAGUUGGCAUUCCUCUCUCCAUAGCGUUGCCAUACUAUCAGAUAUCACGUCGCAUGGGUCGAACACUUCCACAUCUCUCAUUCCCCGAUCAGUCAUCCUACAACAUCAAAAUCAGGGACCCUACUUCUACUUACCCUUAUCUCGCUCGCUUCGAAAACAUAGACCUUCGAUGGCCCGUGUUCGGAGAGAAAGCCGAAAUAGCUUUCCUUAAGGGCUGUGCUGACACCUCAGCAUCCUUCCAGCAUGGACCUGAUGCAAUUGCGGCGUGCCAAGAGCAUGUCAUGAACAAGAACGUGGAAGGGCUGCUACGCGAGAUGGUCCGCCUGAAGGAAAUCCUAGAACGCAUGCCCAAUGCCUUCCACUCCAUCAACGUAAACCCCAAUUCGGGCGAGAACUAUGUCCCGGUUCACCAGUGGAUUCGCUGGGGCAAAUUCUCAACACCCUUAUCUAAGAGGUGCCCAGCCUCUUCGGGUUUGCAAUUCCCGCCAUUUCUCGUCAUGGAUGCGUUUCUGGGCCGGAAGAAGUAUUCGUCAUUCCUCGGCGUGGAAGGCGUACACUUGAGAGCAUGGCUACCAUCUAACCUUCGGGCCUUCAUUGCCGCGAUCGAAUACCAUUAUCGUAUUCCCGAAUUCGUCCAACAGUCUGGGGAUCCACGGUUGAUGGGAGUGCUCGAUGGCAUCAUCGAAGCUUACACGGGAGAACGGGGCUUCAUGGGCACUCACCGAUACAAAGUCUUCGGAAUUCUGGAAAUUUCCGCCAAGAUAGGACGGACAGAAACGAACGGUCUGUCUGGCGCCGCAGACGCCUCGCGUCCGUGGGAAGAAACCCACAAGCAGUUUUCAGAUGCCAUGAAGGAACGUCUAGAGCCUUACCGGGGUAGCUUGUCGGUGGAGCCACAUCAGAUGCGAGGUACAUUUGAGGAGUGCCGCUACGUUACGAGGGUCCUUAACCGAUCCCAUGUUGACACCGAUCCCUCGCGGUCAAUUGCUCUCGUUACCUUGGACAUUCAGGAUACAGGUAUCACCUUCAUGCCUGGCGAUCGUCUCGCCAUCAUGCCGCUCAACAGCUGGGAAGAAUGCGCGAAGGUUGCCGCGGCAUUGGGCCUAGAGGCCCAUAUCGACGACCCCGUCAACGUAACCGGCACUUGGUCGCGUUUUGAGCAGCACCUAGCGUCGGUGAGGAGGUCGACGGUAAGAAAACUGACGGUAGCAGACAUACUUCGCCGAGGUCACUUAGCUCCUAUCACCAAGGAACUCGCUCUCAAAAUCCACGGCAUGCUCGCGGCCUCCUCCAAUACUGUCCUUCAAGUUUUAGCUACGGACGAAUGGCCUGUACGAGGCACCCUGGGCGAUUUGCUUCAGGAUGCGCUUAUGGACACUCCGUCUCACAUAUGGGACAAGGCCUUCAGCCUAGAAAACCUCUCGUGGCUCGCUGACCUUAUCCCGGUUGAGGUGCCUCGCACCUAUUCUAUAGCUAGCUAUACCGACGAACUUCUCCCCAGCACUGUGGACUUGGCCGUCUCUCGCGCCGAGUACAAGCUGUGCUCGACAUUUGCGAAGCAGGAUGAAAUACGUCGUGCUGGCGUUUCCAGUGGCUUCUUGAACCCAUCCACACUCUCCGACGAUGUGCUGUCUGACGAGGAAAUCCUUGUCGGCGUGUCACGGCCCCUAGCCUUUCACCUCCCAUUAGAUAACAUGGCGCCUUGCGCGUUCUUCGCUGGCGGUAGCGGCAUCGCCCCAUUCCGGAGCUUCUGGCAAUAUCGCUUGAACGAGAGCGAAUUAUCCGGAGGCAAGAACUACUUAUAUCUAGGCGUCCAGUCACGUGAGAAGUUUUGCUUCGAGGAUGAAUUGCGAGAAUAUGUCAACGCAGACUUCAUGGAGGUUCAUGUGGCUUUCUCUCGAGACUCCCGCGGGCUGACCUACGAUCCUCAUUCACGAGACCUUGUCGAAAGACACACCCCUCCCCGGUAUAUCGACACCCUAAUCAUCGAGCAAGGUGCCACCAUCUCCGACCUCGUCAUGUCUAAAAAACAGGGUGGUCGGGGAGGCUACCUCUACGUAUGCGGUUCGGUGGCCGUAUUCGACUCGGUGAUGAAUGGAAUCCGCAAAGCAAUCUAUACCCACUGCACGGCAACCAUGGAAAAUGUCGACCUCAUUGUCAAUAAGGCGUUCGCGGAACGUCGGUUCAUGCUCGACGUCUUCAUGACCCCUAAGCCGCUACCGUGCAACCUGCCAACGAUUCCUCUGUCGCAGCUCGCCGAACACACAGGUCACAGGCCGGGAUCGCGGAUGUGGAUCGGUGUCCACGGGAGUGUUUACGACGUGACGGACUUCUGCCCCAUGCACCCCGGAGGCACGCAAAUCAUCAAGUCGAACGCCGGUGUGGACUGUUCCAAGUCGUUCGAUAACUUGGCGCACACGAACAACCCCGAGGUGGCCAGUCUGCUAACAAAGUAUUUCGUCGGACAUCUCACUCCUAAACCCGACUAUCAGGCUGGGGAAGAGCAACUAUCCUCUCUCUAUGAUCUCUGGGCUGCCUACCUACGCACCACUGUCGAGACCUUGGUAGCGCACCAAAUCGAAAUGCACGAGCUUCAGGGAGCAUCGCUAGCGACGUCGAAUUCGUAUGACCCCGUCGGAAUCACCAACAUCUGGCUGCGCGAGGACCUACCAAACACCAUCGCUAUCCGCACCUUUUACAGCUACCAGAGCAGAUUGCUCCAAGGAGGGUUCACUGCUCUGUUUGGGGGAAAGCUUCAGGAACUUGUGCUUAAACUAUCCUUCUGCGUCGCCAGCACAAGCGGCCCAGGAUCGAGUAUUCAGUUGCCAGACGUGUUAGGAGCAGUCGCCCGUGCAAACACAAGCUCUGAUGCCGUUACUUGCAUGAACGAGGUAGCCCUCAUCGGCCAGUUCGUCUGUGGUUCCGAGAGCGCACUCCGCUUCCAGGAGCGGGGUGUUUUCUCCUACGCAGCUAAGAGCGUAGAGCUGGAUAUCGAAUUGCUCGAAGAUCUACGCCAAGAAAUUGGAAGCGGUAUGGACGCAUUCGAUAGCAUCGCCAGUUCGUAUUCUUCGGCCGACAGGCUGCAAGAUCCCGAUCUAGACAGCAGCCGUCUCACAGCUCUCUCGACCUUCCUCCUCCAGAUUCUCGAACGCAUCGCUCGCCGCCUGGGCGUCUUCUACGCUCAGCUAGCUCGGUGCUCGGUGUAUCGACCUGAGCUCGAGCGCAACCCAGCGAGGACCCGAUGGGCCCUGGUGCGAAAGUGUAUACGAGAUGGAAGCCUCUUCGUGCUGACCCACAAGGCAGAAACCGAUGUCCUCACAUCUGGUCAGCAAUCGACUUACUACAUGUCACGCGCCAAUCCUAACCGAAAUGUUGACUUCGAUAACGUCAUGUCAAAGGUGCGGGCUACUCUGGGCUCAACACAAGUCCAGACGCAGCACACGGUGCCGCAUCAGCAAAUCACUCUAAACGCGGUACACCAAGCCCGAGGCAGGAGCUCGGGGGAUGCCAGCGCGGUCGCGGUUCGAGAGAACGCCGGGGCGGUCAAAGCUAUGAACAAUUUCAUGGAGAAGAAUAGCAAGGCGCUCAGGAGGCUGAGCAAGAUGCCUCCUAUGCCGAUGAAUUUCGAAGACCUGCAGAGAUCAGCUGCCAGAAUGCCGCAGAACGGCCUACCGACACCUCCAGGAGAUACGAGCGACAUGGCGGGCGUGGGACUCGGAAUCAAGGGUCACGACUUCGGCGGGCAUCACGCCAGACUUCCGAGCCCGCCGUCCAGUCGUGAGUCUAGUCGGUCUCCGUCGAGGUUGCGCCAAUCGUCGAGUGGCAUGUCCCUCUCGGCCGAGAUGCUCCUGAACAAGCUGAACCAGUCACGCGCUCACGGGAAUGCCCUGCACAGCCGCCAGACAAGCGUGGCCGGGCCUCAUAGCCCCCAGGAUUCGCACGGCCACGCGUCGAUGCCCCCGCACGUCAGCGGCGCGGCGUACUAUCCAGUGAUCGGUGGCUCCGCGACACCGCCUGUGGGCGGCGGCAGCAACCCCGGCCACCCGCGGAACAGUAUGCAGGCGGCGCUGGCGACGAUGGGGCGGGUUAACGUGCGGCCGGGGCGCGCCGAGACGCUGACGGCGCCGGCAAGCGGCCCGUCGAGUCACCACGGGCUCGUACGCAAGCCGUCGCUGUCGAGGUCGACGACGGGCAGCAUCGUAGGCGGACACACCUCGAGGCAGUCGACCAACUCGCUCCGCUCGUUCAAGCUCAGGGGUCUCUUGGAGGCGGAGAGAUUCCCCGCAUCAAGUUGAGCGGAGAGAAACGAGCAAGAGGGAGGAGGAAAACGAUAGAAACGGGUAGUGCGGUUCGCGAUAUGAGAUAUCCAGGUUUCCGAGAUGCGGGCGAGGGGGUGUUGGUGUUGAGUGUUGGGAUCUGGAUCGGGACGACGGCAAGCGGGGGUGACAGCUAGGUAUAUUAUUUUCCAUCUGAAAGCAGAUAGCUGGGGGAGGGGGGAAGUUGACUCGUCUUGGAUAC